AUGGAUUCUCCCACUAGGGAACCCCCAUCUCAACCUACACAUACAUCAAUCGGAGAUUAUAGGAUGGUCAACUUUGAGGCAGAAAAACAAUACAAUGAAUCGAAUAUUGUCGGACUUGAGCUUGGGUGA